UAUAAAAUCCAUUCUGCAAUUCCAGUUUGUUGUAGAGCAAUCCUCUCUUCUCCUCUCCCACAUUUCCCCCAAAUUGAUUGACACAGAGAGAGAGUGACAAUGGCUGCUUUGCCCAACACCGCUGCCUUCUCCUCCAAAUCCGCCAUCAUCCAACCCCAAUCUCUCCUCCCCGGCGCCGCCGCCCAUUCCCCUUCACUCUCCUGCCUCCGCCGCCGUAUCUCCGCCGUGCAUGCCGCGGAGCCGGCCAAGGUGGCGCCGACUCCUUCCUCCUCUGCCAAGUGGACCCCGCUCACAUGGAAAACUAAGAAUGCUCUGCAGCUCCCCGAGUACCCCGAUGCGGCGGAGCUCGAGUCGGUGCUCGACGCCAUGGAGGCCUACCCGCCCCUGGUCUUCGCCGGAGAGGUCCGCAGCCUCGAGGAUCGCCUCGCCGAGGCCGCUGUCGGCAAAGCCUUCCUCCUCCAGGGCGGCGACUGCGCCGAGAGCUUCAAGGAAUUCAGUGCCAACAAUAUUCGUGACACCUUCAGAAUUCUCCUCCAGAUGAGCGUCGUCCUCUCCUUCGGUGGUCAAUUGCCUGUUAUCAAGGUUGGGAGGAUGGCUGGGCAGUUUGCCAAACCAAGAUCAGAUCCUAUGGAGGAAAAGGAUGGAGUUAAGCUGCCUAGUUACAAGGGUGAUAACAUUAACGGCGAUGCCUUCACUGCAGAAUCAAGAAUCCCGGAUCCUCACAGGAUGAUCAGGGCCUAUUGCCAGGCUGCAUCGACCCUUAACCUUCUCAGAGCCUUUGCUACCGGAGGUUACGCAGCAAUGCAGAGAGUUACUCAGUGGAAUCUUGAUUUUGUCGAGAACAGCGAACAGGGCGACAGGUAUCAAGAACUGGCUCACCGGGUUGACGAAGCCUUGGGGUUCAUGGAGGCUGCUGGACUCACAAUCGACCACCCUGUGAUGUCAACGACAGAGUUUUGGACUUCCCAUGAAUGUUUGCUUCUGCCUUAUGAACAGGCACUCACCCGUAAAGAUUCAACGACUGGUCUAUACUACGGCUGCUCAGCACACAUGCUCUGGGUCGGUGAACGUACCAGGCAGCUUGACGGUGCACACGUCGAAUUUCUGAGAGGAGUUUCUAACCCUCUGGGUAUCAAGGUGAGCCAAAAGAUGGACCCCAAGGAACUUACUAAACUCAUCGACAUCUUGAAUCCAACCAACAAGCCGGGAAGGAUUACUGUCAUUGUCAGAAUGGGUGCCGAGAAUAUGAGAGUCAAGCUGCCUCAUUUGGUGAGGGCAGUCCGUGGAGCUGGCCAAAUCGUAACCUGGGUAUGCGACCCUAUGCAUGGAAACACUAUCAAGGCACCUUGUGGACUCAAGACCCGUGCUUUUGAUGCAAUCUUGGCGGAGGUGAGGGCUUUCUUCGAUGUUCAUGAGCAAGAAGGCAGCCAUGCUGGUGGAAUCCAUUUGGAGAUGACCGGACAGAACGUGACAGAGUGCAUCGGAGGAUCAAGGACAGUGACAUUCGACGAUCUGAGCUCACGCUACCACACACACUGCGACCCGAGACUGAACGCAUCGCAGUCACUGGAACUGGCCUUCAUCGUUUCGGAGAGGUUAAGGAAGAAGAGGAUGGCAGCUCAACGUCUCAUCUCUUAGAUUUUCUAUACUAGAUAAAUUAUAGUAACUGAGGUUCAAUAUUUCUAUGCAAGUGGUAAGUACAACAACAACAACAACAACAGUCUUGUGGAAUAUGCUGUUUUCCUACCUUCUCAGAAAUUGUGUUCUAUGUGGUAUUCAAGUGGAAUUUAAUUUGUGAACGUAAAGAGAUUUUCUGUAUUAUUUUGGAAUUUGCCUUA